CAUCGAUUGGCACUGGCCCUGGGUCAUCAGUCUCAAUAAUCUCAGGAAACCAGCAACAAGAUGGGCGGCAAGGCUAAGGCGCAGAAGCACACGGCCAAGGAAAUCAACAUGAAGCACAAGGCCGCCAAGGAGCGCGCUGGUGCUGCCGGCGGCGGCUCGUCGGGCCAAGAGCUCCGCAAGUGCCAAAAGGUCGGCGUCAAGUGCGAGGUGUGCUUGAACGAGUUCAUGUCGUUCCCGGAUCUCAAGAUCCACUACGACUCGCGCCACCCGAAGGAGAACUUUGACGAAGCCAAGUUCCUCGCGGCCUUUGCCGCUGCCAAGGAAGAGACGGCCAAGCGCCGCGACGGCAAGCAGCAGGGCAAGCUCGACUACAAGCAGAAGGACGGCAAGCCGGCGGCCCCGGCGGCUGGCGCCAAGAAGGGCGUCUCGGACGACGUGGCUGCGCUCCUCGCGGCGGGCCUCGCGAACCACAAGUAAACCAGAGCCACCGACUACACUUAUAACUUUAAAUACUCUUGAUCGCGCUAAUAGUAUAUAACUCGGACGUUCGUGCCGAUAAAG